AAAAUGGACUUGUCCAAAGCGUGGGCGCCUUCAGCUUCACUUGCGGCUGGAACUUUGACGGAGAAAGACGCAUCAAAAGAAGGUGAUGGACUGUUUUGACCCAUUCAAAGAUUACUUGGAGCUCACAUUUGCUAGAGGAGAUACAUGUAUGGUAGAAAAUGAAGAAUCCCCAGUUCCGCAAAUGAGUCAUGAGAGAGUUGCAGAUAUUGACUGGCUGAAUGACCAUGGUUCCAGGGAAUGGAAAAACAGUGAUGUUUCAGGGCAAUGUACACCUGGCUCAAGCCCAUGUGAAUCAUUGGGUGCCCGGCCCCUUUUAGGACGCAGAGACUCUCUUGAUGAUAUGCCUCCACAGUCACAUGAUUUUAAACAUCUUCCCAACAGAAGACCCGUUUACUCAUCUGAUGUGAAUUUCCCACCUUCAAGCAGUGCACAGACUGCACCAAAGAUGUGGGAUUAUGCAUCGUCGUCCACUACCGUAGAUGCAAGUGCUGGAGCAUGGGGUAAUGACUGUGGUGCAUGGACUGAUAUGAACAGUGAAGUCAAUGGUCAGUUUGUACAGUAUCCUAAUAGAGUCAACAGAGGUAAUAUGCAGAACACCCCUUCAGUUUGGAAUGGGAAUUCCCAGCCUAGUGGCAGUACCAAUGGUGCGUAUUCUAGUACUGGCUUUUUUGGCAACUGUGAUUCUAGUGUAGACACUGCAUGCAAUGAGACAUCUGUUAGUCAUUGUGUAAGCCAAACACAGAAUGAGGAAAUGAAUGUUUUGCCAGGAUACCCUCGUUACUCAAAUGGACUCAACAUAGAAUACCCAGAAGCCAUUAGUCAUGUUGCUCUUCUGCUGAACAAACUGAUGCAGCAAGGUAAUGCAAGUGUAGCAGCUGCUGAGAAUGGUGGCUACCGCAACUUCCGUUCACUUGAUGAGGGAAAAUUCUGUGCGUUCUGUAAGAGAAACCGAGAACGUAGAGAGUUUUACACAACACAUGUUGUAAAGGAUUCCUGGGGGAAAGUAAUCUGUCCAAUACUGAGAAAGUAUGUCUGUCCAAUAUGUGGGGCUACUGGAGAUAGUGCUCACACCUUGCGUCACUGCCCAGCACGUGUAAAUGCAGAACAUGUUUGAUUUGACCCACCCAUUAGAGAAGCUCAAGAGGUGUGUUGUCGUUUUGAUGCUCAAGAUGCAUUUGGUGUAAAAUUUGUUUGUUUAAAAUGUACUAUUGCGCAAAAUUACAGGAAGAAGUGCUAAGUAUGUACAUUUCAAUUCUACUGGAGUGCUGAAGAAAAGUGCUUGUAACCAAGAUGGAUAUAGUUAUUGGAAGAUAGAGGAAGCUAAUAUGGUUAAACAUAUUUUAAAAAAGUGUAGACAGAAUUGUUGUGAAACUAUAAUCUGAAAUUCAGGAUGAAUUAAUGUGAUAUUUGUCUGGAGAAAAUUUGGAUGUCCCGGAACAGAAAAGCAUACCCUGUUAAAUGAAAGAGGAAAUGGAAUACAAUUACUUUUCUCCCAAUUUGUUUAAAUUUGAUCAUUUGUUAACUUGAAAAAAAAAAUAUGUCUGAUGUCAUUCAAGUUGAUUGGAACAGGUCUAUUGUGAAGAUUAAAUUAAUGUCUAAUUUUUUUUAAAAGUGAACAAAAGAUGCUAGUUAGAAAAUAUCCAAGUGUAUAAGUUGCAUAACUAUUUGUAAGUUUUCAUAAUAUUACCAUAAGUAUUGAGUGGAAGUGCAAUUGCCAGUGUUUGUAAAAUUUAUUGUUAUAUGUUAAAACUGGUUAAUAUUUUAACAUUGUUGUUUUAUCCAUAGCUUUACAGAUUUUUAAACAUAGUUUAUACUCUUGUUUUUCUUAAACAAAGAUUUAACAUUAUUAUGUAUAUUGUAUUUUGUCUAUGUAUGUAUUUUUAAAUUUAAACAUUUUAAAAAUAAUCAAAAUGACCAUAAAACAAGAAAAUUUUAUACAGUUAUUUGCCAAAGUAAAGUUCACAAAAUAAUUUAAAAAGCGGUACAGACUUAAAGGUGGUCAGUGCCAGCAGGUGUGCAAAUUUUGAUUCCAUACCUCGUGUUUUUAUUUCGAUGUAAAUGAGAUGUGGAACCAAAAUUUGUAGUCCUGUUUGGCGCCAUAUAACCUAUACUGUGUUGGUGUGCUGUAAAACCCAAAUAAAUAAAUAAAUAUUAAAGGUGGUCAGUUACAUUAAGCAACAUUUUUGACAUUUUUCUUUUUAGCUCAACUGAUUUUUUGGAGACAAAACUGAUGAGUUAUUGUCAUCACUUGAUCAGCUUCGACGUUGCCUAGGUAAUUAAGUUUUAUGUUUAGGUCAGCUUUUCUCCUAAACUGUCAAAGCUAUUACUUUAAAACUUGCAACACUUGUUCACCAUCAUAAGCUGACUCUGAACAGCAAGAAACUCCAUCCUGCUUUUUGCAAGAAUUAUGGCCCCUUUUGGACUUACAAAAUAUCAGAUUUCGUGGUUAAGUUUUAUGUACAUAACUGAAAUACUGUUGAAAAAUCUACUAAACUCCAAAACAGAAGGAACAGAUUUUGAAGUUUCUGACAUUCUUUGCCAUCAUUGAGAAGUAAACUUGGUGAAAGUAAUAAGAAAAAUUAAUUAACUUUGUAAGUUUGUAACAUUUUUAGCUCACCUGUCACAAAGUGACAAGGUGAGCUUUUGUGAUGGCGCGGUGUCCGUCGUCCGUCUGUCCGUCCGUCCGUCCGUCCGUAAACUUUUGCUUGUGACCACUCUAGAGGUCACAUUUUUCAUGGGAUCUUUAUGAAAAGUUGAUCAGAAUGUUCAUCUUGAUGAUAUCUAGGUCAAGUUCGAAACUGGGUCACGUGCCAUCAAAAACUAGGUCAGUAGGUCUAAAAAUAGAAAAACCUUGUGACCUCUCUAGAGGCCAUAUAUUUCACAAGAUCUUCAUGAAAAUUGGUCAGAAUGUUCAUCUUGAUGAUAUCUAGGUCAAGUUCGAAACUGGGUCAAGUGCCAUCAAAAACUAGGUCAGUAGGUCUAAAAACAGAAAAACCUUGUGACCUCUCUAGAGGCCAUAUAUUUCACAAGAUCUUCAUGAAAAUUGGUCAGAAUGUUCAACUUGAUGAUAUCUAGGUCAAGUUCGAAACUGGGUCACGUUUCUUCAAAAACUAGGUCAGUAGGUCAAAUAAUAGAAAAACCUUGUGACCUCUCUAAAGGCCAUAUUUUUCAUGGGAUCUGUAUGAAAGUUGGUCUGAAUGUUCAUCUUGAUGAUAUCUAGAUAAAGUUUGAAACUGGGUCACGUGCGGUCAAAAACUAGGUCAGUAGGUCUAAAAAUAGAAAAACCUUGUGACCUCUCUAGAGGCUAUAUAUUUCAUGAGAUCUUCAUGAAAAUUGGUCAGAAUGUUCACCUUGAUAAUAUCUAGGUCAAGUGCGAAAGUGGGACACGUGCCAUCAAAAACUAGGUCAGUAGGUCAAAUAAUAGAAAAACCUUGUGACCUCUCUAGAGGCCAUAUUUUUCAUGGGAUCUGUAUGAAAAUUAAUCUGAAUGUUCAUCUUGAUGAUAUCUAGGUCAAGUUCGAAAGUGGGACACGUGCUGUCAAAAACUAGGUCAGUAGGUCAAAUAAUAGAAAAACCUUGUGACCUCUCUAAAGGCAAUUUUUUUCAUUGGAUCUGUAUGAAAAUUGGUCUGAAUGUUCAUCUUGAUGAUAUCUAGGUCAAGUUCGAAACAGGGUCAUGUGCGGUCAAAAACUAGGUCAGUAGAUCUAAAAAUAGAAAAACCUUUUGACCUCUCUAGAGGCCAUACUUGUGAAUGGAUCUCCAUAAAAAUUGGUCAGAAUGUUCAUCUUGAUGAUAUCUAGGUCAAGUUUGAAACUGGGUCACGUGCCUUAAAAAACUAGGUCAGUAGGUCAAAUAAUAAAAAACCUUGUGACCUCUCUAGAGGCCAUACUUUUCAUGGGAUCUGUAUGAAAGUUGGUCUGAAUGUUCAUCUUGAUGAUAUAUAGGUAAAGUUUGAAACUGAGUCAACUGCGGUCAAAAACUAGGUCAGUAGGUCUAAAAUUAUUAAAAUCUUUUGACCUCUCUAGAGGCCAUAUUUUUCAAUGGAUCUUCAUGAAAAUUGAUCUGAAUGUUCAUCUUGAUGAUAUCUAGGUCAGUUUCGAAACUGGGUCAUGUGCGGUCAAAAACUAGGCCAGUAGGUCUAGAAAUAGAAAAACCUUGUGACCUCUCUAGAGGCCAUAUUUUUCAUGAGAUCUUCAUGAAAAUUAGUGAGAAUGUUCACCUUGAUGAUAUCUAGGUAAGGUUCAAAACAGGGUCACGUACCUUCGAAAACUAGGUCAAUAGGUCAAAUAAUAGAAAAACCUUGUGACCUCUCUAGAGACCAUAUUUUUCAAUGGAUCUUCAUGAAAAUUGGUCAGAAUUUUUAUCUUGAUAAUAUCUAGGUCAAGUUCAAAACUGGGUCACAUGAGCUCAAAAACUAGGUCACUAUGUCAAAUAAUAGAAAAAACGAUGUCAUACUCAAAACUGGGUCAUGUGGGAAGAGGUGAGCGAUUCAGGACCAUCAUGGUCCUCUUGUUUUAAAAGGUUUAUGUGAAGUUUGUGUUAUUUUGUAGCACUGAGUAUUUAGAUCUUGUAAAAAACUUGUAAUGUGCUUUGUAAAAGAUUGACAUAUAUGUAAAUGUGAAAAGCUGCUUUAUGAACUUUAAUUUGGCAAGUAACUGUAGUAUCAGGCAGACAUUGUGGUUAGUAUAUCUGUAAGAAAUGGGAGCCUCUUUUACUAUUUUUAAAAAGAAAGCUGUUUCAAUAGAUAUUUUUUAUUUUUUAUUUAUGAAGGUAAAUUUCAUCUUGGGCAAAGAUUUCAGACAUAGCAGAGCUUAUUCAUAAGUAAACUAUCUAAAAUUUUGUUGUAACCAUGACAACAGAGAAUUUAUGACUUGUUCUCAAGAAGUUUGUUUUUAUUUUGAAAAGGGAUUAGCAAAGUUGGAAGUUAAAUUUCUCAAGUUUUUAGCAGAAUGUUUGUUCUUAUAUCCAAGUCAGUUUAGGAACUGUUUCUUCUAGGGUCAAAAACUAAGUCACUGGGCGAAAAGGUGGGUAAACUCUUAAGAAAACUUUGAGUCAUAAAGCAUUUGAGGAAUGUAUUAUAACAUGUGAAAUCAUGUACUGUACCUGAUGUAAGACAAGAGUUAUGGUCCUUGACUCAUUGAAAAAUACACAUAAAGUGCUUAGACAUUUGUGUUGCAUAUAAUUAAAAAAAAGAAUCACCUAGUCAUAAAACCAUGUAUAUUGUACAGUGACAGGAAGUGGAAGCAGGUCUCAUUUUAAUUUGUUUUUCGAGUUUUAAGAAAUAACCGAUUCAAUGCAUAUUGUUGCAAUGAUUUUUAGCAUUAUUCAAUGAAAUAAAUGGAUUUUCAGCUUUGCUCUCCCAUUGGUAUGAAACUUUGCCUUCAUUAUGCUGAAUGAAUAGGUUAUUCCUGUACAUGGCAAAUGUGUUUUUUAUGUUUUAAAGAAGAAUACUUUUUGUAUUACCUUUUCUAUUUGAAAUAUUUUCCUUUAUUUUUUGUAAUAUUUUAUCAAGAUUUUAAUCAUUUUUGUGCACCAGUUUGUUUAGUGCGUUUCAUUUUGUUUAUCAUUUUUGUUUGGCCUUUGUUGAUUACCCUGUGUGACAUAAGUAGGUUAAAAUCUGUUAGUUCCAGUUUUCUUAUGCUCUUUUAAUUUUUUUUGCAUGAUGUUCCGAACUUUCAAUUUGUAUGACAUUUGUUAGCUAUUUGUUCUUUUUAAGGCAGCUUGAUUUUUCAUGUUUUUUGAUUCUAGUGUCAAGUUUUUGUCCCAUGCAUUGCAAUCACUCUACAUGACAAUUGGGAAAAUAGAUAGUCAUUAUAUAUGUAUGAUGUAGAUUUAAUUAUAUAUGUAUGAUGUAGAUUUAAUGUGAACAGGCUACAAAUGGCUUGUAAGUUUUAAAUAAAAGGCAUUGUGAUGAGCAUAUUUUCGAAGUGUAAAGAAUAUUUUGAGGGCUUAGAGCGAAACUGGUCUAUAUAUAUAUAGAAAUAGAAGCAGAUAGACCAGUUUAGCUCUAAGCCCUCGAUUUGCAGAUUGAAAUGGCGCUUUUCCCCACUUACUCAUAAAUCAUAUGGAGUCAUGAAUUUAAGAGUUGCUACAAAUUGUAAAAAGUGCAAGAAAUUUUAUUUGUUUCAAUUCUGUUUGAGUUGUCAGUGAAUUUUGAAAUUGGCUGGUGGAAAAUGAAAGUUCAGGAAAGUUUUUGUGGGAGGGAGUUGGGGGAUAAUUUCCAGGAACCAAAUUUGAAAUUCAUGAUUUUUUUCUCGAGAAUUAAAAUAAGCAGUGGGCGGAUUGAUCAGCUUUUGGGGAGGAGACUGAUUUAACAAACUGUAACUGGUCAGGAAAAAUCGUAUUUUUUUCCUUGAAUGUUUUGAGUUUUAUUUGUCCUCGUUUAUGAUUGACUAAACACUAGUGUUUACAGUUUGGUCAAAUUAAAACAUAUUGAUAAACAGAUGCAUGAUUGUCGCUUCGACAGAAAAAUACCUUCAUAUUAACGGAACCUUGAAAAGUAUGCCAUAGAAUAAAUUUACUAAUUACAUUGCACAUACUCGAAAAGAAAUGAUACUGUAGUUUUGAUUUAAGCACAUGAUUUCACAUAGGUCUGUGAUAAAAGACCAAGUAAAUAGUAGUGUUUCCAGCUAUGAGACUGGUUUCUGCAACAGUGACAUUGGAUUUCUUGAAGCCAUAUAAAUUUAGCAACACUUUUUAUACGCCCAAAUACUGGUAUGUGAUGGCGCUAAUCCUCUAUUCAUCUGUAAGCAAUUUAUUUUCGGUCAAUAAGUUUAAUGGGAUGAACCUUACUGACCUUGAGCUCUCUCAAUGACAGGUUAAGGUCACAAUGGUCGUUCAUACAAAAAAAACAACAGGUAAUUGAUUCACAAGUUUCUUUAUCAAAGGUCAUGGUCACUGUCAUAUGGUGAUAUGAACUGCCAUUUACUCCAUGUCUGCUGAAUCCCUCGGGGGUUUUACUGAAAUAAAAUUUCUUUAAAAUUGCAAAACAAAUUAAAAGUAGAUGUUAAUUCCUUAGGAAUUAAGGUUAUAGCAUUUUAUUAGAAUGUCAAGAUUUUUUAACAAAUAAAAUGUGAAGCUGAUGUUACUAUUUAGCUGCGUCAUUACAUUGCUUCAAUAUCAGCUAUAGGAUGGAAUUAAUUCAAUUGUUUUUCAUUAGAAUAUGUAUGGUUUCUUGGAUAAAAUACAUUGCAAAAGAAGUAGUUAGGUAAAUUUUGAAAAAUGUAGAAAAAAAUAGAAAACUGUAAAGUAGAAAUAGUUAGAAAAAAAAAACUGUAAAUGUGUUAUUGUAGUUACAGUUUUCUUUGCUUGAUAGAUAAUUCCUGUAAUUGAUUUUCAUUUAUGUAUAAUUUUGAUUUAUAAGUUCUAUGUAAUAGGCUGUGACAUUUUCCAGCAGAUUGUCACAGUGUACAGGUAUUUGAUGCCUCUAGCAUAUAUACCUUGAAGGUUAUCAAAUUAAAUGUGUCCCAGUCUUGUAACAAUUAUAUUGAAGUUUAUUAUUAGAACAGUGCCAUCAAUUUAAUUCACUAAAUUCUUAACAAAAGUGUCUUGAAAGUAGAUGUAUCGUACAAUACUGAAUAUGAUGUAUCCAAUACAGAAAUAUAAUUGAUUGUCACAUGGUACACAUGUGAUUGGAAGAAAAAAAAAUAGAUAUAAAAUAAUUUAUAGUACUAGACGUUCCUUUGGUAAACUUAGUGUGUGUGUUAUUACUGUGCCCUUGCAACAGGAGGUGUGUGUGUGUGUCUGUGUGCUUACAACUGGAGGACACAUUUCUUUUCUUUUUCUUUGAUUAUGAUCUCUAGUAUUUGUUUACAGUUGUGAGUUUGUUAUGUAUUUGAGUUACUGGACAGAAUGAGUUCCUCCUUGAUAGGUGUACAUGUUAACAAUUGAUUAUAUUCUUUGCUUGCUGAUUCCUGUAAGAUCAUAAUUUUGUUAAACUAAACAUAUCUACAUAUUCUGAUGUUGCUUUUGUAUAAAACCUUGCUGAAACUUAUUUGUCUGUCUGGUAAACAUCUAGUAUGAAUCACUGUGUUUAGUGAAAAUUGACCAAGUAUUAGUAGUCUGGUCAUAGUGACUUUCAAGUUUGAUAUAUUGUAUGUGGCAGUGACAUCAGUCAGUUGCUGGAUUGCUUAAUGCUGUAGAAAUACAGAAAGAUAAAAAUUUAAUAUUUACAUGUUUAUUCUGUUUUUGGUAAAAAUUAUUGUGAAGAGGUCUUAUUGUUUGGUCCACUAAAUAUGUUGCAGACAUUUUUUUGAAGUAGGAACUUUUUAAUUUCAAAACUAUAGUGAAUCGUCCACAUUUUAUAUGCAGAAAUAAAAAGAUCCCAGGUGAAUGUUUUUUUUUUGUCUAGCACGCUUGCGGUGAGCUUGAUAUACAUGUAGUCGUAUUUUUUGGCGGGUUGGUGUAUGUGCAUGCGUCUAUCUGUGUCUGUCCGUCCAAUUUUAUUCAGUCUGCAAUUUGCUUUGAAAGGGAACAGCAUGGAUCCUGACCAGACUGGUGGAUGUGCAGGCUGGUCGCAAAUGCACUAUGUUGGUUAUCUCAUGAUGCGGCUCAUAAUUUUGAAUAUUUUGAAUCUUUUUUCUUUUAUGCUGUGUAUUCAUGUUUGUUUGAAAUAUAUUUUUUAACAGACAGACUUUUUAACAUUUUCAUGUUGACAUUUUAAACUUGAAGAUUUUUACGGUUUACAACUGCAAAUAGAUGUUAUAUAUGUAUAUUAUGUAAUAAAUGGUUUUAUAAGGAAAUGAUCAUAUGAUGUAAAUCAUGUUCAGUUUAAUGUAUUUCUAGUCUGAACUGUUCUGAAGUUCAAGAUAUGAUACAAUAUUGGGGAUAGUUGAAGUUCUCCUGGAGUAAAACAUUGCCUGGUUUUUCUCAUAAUCAUAUGGUCAGUUCCUUAAGUAUUUUAAAAGAUUAAACUUGUUACAUAUAUAGGCUUAAAAAAUCUAGUUUGUUAAUAUUUUUGAUAUUUCAGUCUUUUUUUUUUCAAUAAAACUGUUUCAUGCCGUUA